CACCCCCCACCCCCACUCACACUAAUCUCUCUAUCUUUUGACAGUGAUAUCUGUCGCCUUCAAUUGGGGACUUUCCGCCACUACAAUUUUUUGUCCUCUCCCUUGUCUCUGUUCCCUAUUGGGUUAUAAAAAUUGGGGUAUUUGGGUAUGAAUCAAAUUUCUGGGACAAAGGACCCAGAGGACGGGCCCGUGGCUCAGUCUCAGUCGCAGUCUCUGCCUCAACCUGAGCUCCAGGAGGUUACCAAGGGUUUGGACAAGACUGAAUCGGUGGGUGGGGAAGAGGAGGCCGUGCUGGAGGAGAAACCAGUGGGCGAUCCAAUGGAGGAAGAUCCAGUGAGUUCUGCUACUGUUUUCUGCAUCAAGCUGAAGCAACCUAGGUCUAAUUUGCAGCACAAGAUGAGUGUGCCGGAACUUUGUCGCAAUUUCAGUGCUGUUUCCUGGUGUGCAAAACUAAAUGCUAUAGCGUGUGCUGCUGAAACAUGCGCCAGAAUCCCAAGUUCAACUACAAACCCACCAUUUUGGAUCCCUAUACAUAUUGUCAUCCCAGAGAGGCCUACUGAAUGUGCAGUGUUCAAUGUCAUAGCAGAUUCUCCCCGAGAUUCUGUUCAGUUCAUUGAAUGGUCUCCUAUUUGUUGUCCGCGUGCAUUAUUAAUAGCUAAUUUCCAUGGGAGGGUGACCAUUUGGACUCAACCAUCUCAAGGUCCAGCUAAUCUUGUGCAUGAUACUAGCUGCUGGUGGCGUGAGCAUGAGUGGCGGCAGGAUGUUGCAGUUGUUACAAAGUGGCUAUCAGGGAUGUCUCCGUAUAGGUGGCUUUCAUCCAAAUCGAGUGUUUCUGCCAAUUUGACAUCAACAUUUGAAGAAAAAUUUCUUUCACAGCAAUCUCAAAGUUCAGCUAGAUGGCCCUAUUUUCUUUGCGUCUGUUCCAUUUUCUCAUCAGGCUCUGUUCAACUUCAUUGGUCCCAGUGGCCUCCUAGUCAGAAUGGUGAGGCACCCAAAUGGUUUUGCACCAGUAAAGGGCUCUUGGGUUGUGGGCCCAGUGGAAUUAUGGUUGCUGAUGCUAUCAUAACAGACAGUGGUGCCAUGCAUGUGGCAGGCGUGCCUACUGUGAACCCAUCCACCAUUGUUGUUUGGGAGGUUACUCCUGGGCCCGGAAAUGGCUUCCAAGUAACUCCAAAGACAAGUACUAGUAAUGGUGUCCCCCCUUUUAGCCCACCUAGCUGGGCAGGUUUUGCACCUUUAGCUGCAUAUUUGUUUAGUUGGCAAGAUUAUCUGUUAUCUGAAGCAAAGCAAGGGAAAAAACAAACAGAUCAAAGCCUUGUUGAUGCUGUGCCACUUCACUGCUCACCAGUUUCAAAUUUUUCUGCAUAUGUUAGUCCUGAAGCUGCAGCUCAAUCUGCUGCAACUACUACAUGGGGUUCUGGCGUAACAUCAGUGGCUUUUGAUCCAACUCGUGGUGGUUCUGUGAUAACUGUAGUGAUAGUUGAGGGACAAUACAUGUCCCCUUACGACCCAGAUGAAGGUCCAUCAAUUACAGGCUGGAGAGUACAGCGCUGGGAAUCAUCUUUUCAAAAUGUUGUCCUUCAUCCAAUAUUUGGAAACCCCACCUCCAGUAUGGGUGGACAGCCACCUGUGCAAACUGUUUGGCAGUCUAAGGUGGACUUGAGCAUACCACCCACAGAUGAUUUCAAAAUUCAUCAAGCAGCUGCUGCUGGACUGACUGGAGUUGUGCAAAAGGCAUCUGAACCUGGUUUUGAUAAGUCAAAAAGGGUCGGGUUUGAUCCAUCUGAUCUUCCAAGUGAUGUUAGAGCACUUUCUCGAGUUGUUUACUCUGCUCAUGGUGGUGAAAUUGCCAUUGCUUUUCUUCAUGGUGGAGUCCACAUCUUUUCUGGCCCAAAUUUUACACCUGUUGACAGUUAUCAGAUUAAUGUUGGAUCUGCAAUUGCUGCUCCUGCUUUUUCUGCAACGAGCUGCUGUUCAGCUUCUGUUUGGCAUGACACUAGCAUGGACCGUACAAUAUUGAAAAUAAUCAGGGUUCUUCCUCCUGCUGUUCCAGUUAGUCAAGUGAAGGCCAACUCAUCAUCCUGGGAGCGUGCAAUUGCUGAAAGGUUUUGGUGGAGCCUGAUGGUUGGUGUUGAUUGGUGGGAUGCUGUGGGCUGCACACAGAGUGCUGCUGAGGACGGUAUUGUCUCACUGAACAGCGUUAUUGCAGUCUUGGAUGCAGAUUUUCAUUCACUUCCUACUACUGAGCAUAGGCAACAGUAUGGCCCUAGUCUAGACAGGAUAAAAUGUAGGCUACUGGAAGGAACAAAUGCCCAAGAGGUCAGGGCCAUGGUUUUGGAUAUGCAAGCUAGGUUGUUAUUGGAUAUGCUUGGGAAAGGAAUUGAAUCAGCUUUGUUAAAUCCUUCUGCUUUAGUGGCUGAACCAUGGCAAGCAUCUGGUGAGACAUUAUCCAACAUUGAUCCUGAAGCAAUGGCUGUUGAGCCUGCACUUGUUCCGAGUAUCCAAGCUUAUGUUGACGCUGUUCUUGAUCUUGCUUCACAUUUUAUUACACGUCUGCGGCGUUAUGCAAGUUUCUGUCGUACAUUGGCGAGUCAUGCUGUGACUGCAGGCACUGGAAGUAACCGCAAUAUGGUUACUAGUCCUACCCAAAGUUCUCCUGCUCCUGCAACAAAUCAGGGGCAAGUUCAGGGUCAGGGAGGUCAGAAUGGGACCACCAGUUCUACUGGAAGCACUCAGAUGCAAGCUUGGCUACAAGGGGCAAUUUCAAAGAUUGGUAGUAGCACUGAUGGAGUGUCCAAUCCACCUCCAAAUCCCAUCAGUGGUCCUUCAUCGUUUAUGCCCAUUAGUAUUAAUACUGGAACAUUUCCUGGAACACCUGCUGUAAGACUUAUUGGGGACUGCCAUUUCCUACACAGAUUGUGCCAACUUUUGCUUUUCUGUUUUUUCUUUCGGAGAACACAACUUCCCCGCUAUAUGGGGGCUGCACAUAGAACCGCUGAUGCAAAUAUGCAGAAACCCCAAGCUAAUGGUCCUGCUCCUGCCAAGGUAGAGGAUGCUGCGAAGCCAUUGUCAGGUGUAGUGAGGUCAGAUGAUAAUCAAACAGGUCGUGCUGGUCAGCUAGUGCCUGGGACUAAAGGAGGUGAGGAAGCAUCAUCUGGGCGUUCACGAUUGGGCACUGGAAAUGCUGGUCAAGGCUAUACAUUUGAAGAGGUGAAGGUGCUUUUCUUGAUACUUAUGGACCUCUGUCGCCGAACUGCUGGUUUGCAACACUCUUUACCAGUUUCUCAAGUGGGAAGUAGUAACAUUCAGGUUCGGCUGCAUUAUAUUGAUGGGAACUAUACUGUUCUGCCAGAGGUUGUUGAAGCAUCCCUUGGGCCACAUAUGCAGAACAUGCCCCGUCCUAGAGGUGCAGAUGCUGCUGGAUUACUUCUUCGUGAGUUAGAACUCCACCCUCCGGCAGAAGAGUGGCAUAGACGGAAUAUGUUUGGUGGACCUUGGUCGGAUCCAGAUGAUAUGGAUUCUGCAAAUGAUGCACCUAAACUAGUUAGUUAUGAAGAUUCACUAGAUUUCAGUUCACUGGAGAAUUGCGACAAUGGAUCUCAUGGGUUGUGGCCUAGGAAGCGAAGGAUGUCCGAACGAGAUGCAGCUUUUGGGCUGAACACUUCUGUGGGCUUGGGCGCGUAUCUUGGUAUAAUGGGAUCUCGAAGAGAUGUUGUUACUGCCAUGUGGAAGACUGGCCUAGAAGGGGUUUGGUACAAGUGCAUAAGAUGUCUGCGGCAGACUUCUGCCUUUGCUUCACCUGGUGCUGCCAACCCCCCUAACCAAAAUGAUCGAGAAAUGUGGUGGAUCAGCCGCUGGGCCUAUGGCUGCCCCAUGUGUGGUGGAACAUGGGUUCGAGUUGUAUAGCUAAGUGGAGGUUUGUGGCAUUGCGUGCAUUCGCUGCCCAUACACUAAAUGCAGAAGAUUUGCUGACCGCAAUUGUACAGAAGAGAGAUGUUGGAAAUCGUGACAUCUGAAUUUGAUUUCAAUAGCUUCUCUGCGUAUCACCUUGUAGGAUUCUAUUUAAAAGAAAAUAAUCCUGAUCUUUAUCUUUUGAUUUUGGGACUUUUGGCAACGUCCCACCAAAGCAUUUGGUUUCCAUGGUGUUUGAAGGCUCACAGCAAGGGAUCUUCGCAGACAGUACUAUUGUUGAUGUGGUUGCUGCUGGUGGAUCUAAGAUCAGGAACCUGUAUUAGGUGUCUUUGUUGAUCCCAUGCAAAAAUGAUAGUACUAUGGGGGAGUUCAUAGAAAAAUAUCCGGUUGGUCAGUGACGUGUAACAUAUAGAUAAUAGUCACUUAAGUAAACACCAUAGCAGAAAAAUAGCUGUGGCUCCUUAUUUGGAGAACUUUAAUGUUAUGAUCUUAAAUUAACCACCAGAUGACUGUAAAAGCUUUCUGAUUUUGGACAUGACAAGGACUUAAUCUCCCACGUGGCCUUGUAUUUAAAAAAAAAAAAAAAAAGCUGUGGCUGCGUGUGCUGCUAAAAGUGGUAUUGUAAUUGAUAGAGUAGAUGGGCAUUUUACUGGCUCCGUCUUUCUUGGUUUAAACAUGUAACAAUGUGUUUAUAUGAUGGUGUAGGUCAUGACGAGGAGACGCGAUAGUGGUAUUUUAAAAAGCUCUUGCAUUAA